CCACUUUUGCCUGUUCAUCCUUACCUCAUCCUUGAUACUUCACUCACCGCUGGAGAAGCUCUGAACACAAAGAAGAAGCCAUGAGGAACACACUGCUGGGGAUGCUGGCCGCCCUGAUUUGCACGCUGGCGGUCUGUGCUGAUGUGACACCUGUUCAAGACUUUGACCUGCAGAAGAUGACAGGCAAGUGGUACCUUGUUGGCUUAGCCACCAACGCUCAGUGGUUUGUGGAGAACAAGGAAGGGAUGAAGAUGGGCACUGUCAAUGUAUCGUCAACUCCUGAAGGAGACCUCGACCUCUCUCAUGCCAACCUGAAUGCUGAUGGUACUUGCUGGAGAAUGACUCACCUUGCUAAGAAAAGCGACACUCCUGGACGCUUCGUCUACCACAGCCUGAUUUGGAACAAUGACAACGACAUGCGCAUUGUUGAUGUUGUGUACGAUGACUACGCUCUUGUCCACACGACAAAGACAAAGGAAGGAGUGUCUGAGGUCCUCAAUAAUCUUUACAGUCGCACUCCUGAGGUCACGGUCACCCUGCAGCAGAAGUUCAGGCAGUUCUCUCUUGAGACUGGCAUUCUUGCAGACAACAUUGUCAUCUUCCCACAGAAUGGUGAGUGUCCUGAGGCGUGAAGAGUCCCCUGCCAUCCGUCAUCCCCUGCUUUCUGAAGUCCCAGGCUUUCAUCUCAGAAGACUCUUAUUUUCUCCCCUCACUGUGAUUUUUCCAGCAUCACAAAGCUGCACCCAAGACAAUGAAACCAAAGCAUUUUACUCCAAACCCUGCUGCAUACCAAAGACCAACCCUGAUCCUAAUUCAGAUCUCAUUCUCUUCAACUCACGCAUUAACUGUGGCAUCAGAGUGGAACAACAAAGGGCUGAGUGAGACAGUUUACUUUUUGUACAAGCGUGUACCUUUGUAACUGCUGGUUUUCUUUUGGGUUAUUACA